AUGGAUCACAUACUGCAUGUACAAGUAGAACACCAGAGCAGCGCGAAGCACUGCAACCGAGGCAUUGCGAGGUUCACGAGGAGCGCCGACGCCUCACUUGUCACCUUAGCGCUUGCGGCCAUCGCUUUCCUCGCCUUGUUCUUGUCGUCCUUCUCCAUGGCCAGCUCGCAAAACUCAUCCACUCUACCUGCUCGGCUCCUCGCUGCUGGCAGCAUUUUCACCAGCAAGACGGCGCUGUUCGUGCUCUCCAACGUCAUCUUCGUCCUCCUGGCCGCCAACUGCCGCUGCUGCUUCGCUGCCACCGCAUCAGCAGGCGAUGCCGCUUCUUCCGUCGAACCUGGUGGAGUCGUCCUGGAGAAACAAGCACGGCAUCAUCAGGUGCAGGUGCAGGUGGAGCAAUGUACCGUGCUGUUAAGUGUCUCAUGUUCAGAAAGUGUUGGCCACGAUGAACAAGAAGGUGAAGAAGACAUGUCAACAAUGUCUGCCAACACGUUACCAGAUGAUGAGGAGCAGCUAUCGAAGCUGGAGCUGGUCAGGCUUGGUGAAGAAGAAGACAGCAGCAUCACCUUGGAGGAGACUGUUGAUGUCGAGGAACCGACCUGCGAAACAGCUCAAGGGCUGGACAGGUUAGAGAUCAGUGAGCUGAACAAGAAAUUCGACGAAUUCAUAAGCAGCAGAAGGAUUAAAUGGGCAAAGGAGGAGGCUUACUUGCUCUUGUACGAGGUCUGA